AUGUCAGUUGUUCCAUUCUCUCCACAGAACAGACACGUUGUGAUGACGCUUUAUCGCCGCAGCUUGAUCCUCGCAAGAGAUUGGAUAAACAAGCGUGAUCACUAUAGACAGAAAGCAAUGGAGAUUCGUUCCCAAUUCGAACUGUACAAGGACGUUGGUAAUCCAAAGGAGGUUGAGGAGCUCAUCAACAAGACAAAGUUCAUGUUGGACAAGUAUAAACAUCCAGAUCCAUAUAUCCCACCAACGAGACCAGGUGGUACCAAGUUCGAGAGAUACAUUGCACCAUCCUUGGAGGAGCCAUUACCAUACCGUUAUUGA